CCAUGGAGCCGCCCGUGCCGCCGCAGGAGCCGCCGCGCCCGCGCUCGCACACGGUCACCACCACCAGCAGCUCCUUCACCGCCAACCUGUCGGCCAGCUCCAGCACCCUCGCCUACGACAGGGAGUUCCUGCGCACCGUGCCCGGGCUCCUCAUGGUGACCGAGAUUGUGUUGGGGCUGCUGGUGUGGACCCUGAUUGCUGGAACAGAAUACUUUCUUUAUCCAGCCUUCGGCUGGGUGAUGUUUGUAGCUGUGUUUUACUGGGUUCUCACCGUCUUCUUUCUGAUCAUCUACAUGACAAUGACCUACACCAGGAUCCCGCAAGUGCCAUGGACCAUGGUGGGUCUGUGUUUUAAUGGAAGUGCCUUUGUUUUGUAUCUCAUUGCUGCCAUUGUAGAUGCAUCUUCAGUUACCAAAGAUCUGGACAAUCACAAUUACAACAGCUGGGCAGCUUCUUCAUUCUUUGCCUUCGUGGUUACCUCCUGCUAUGCUGGAAAUACGUAUUUUAGCUUUAUAUCCUGGAGAUCACGAACUUUGCAGUAAAUACUUGGUUAAAGUGAAUUCUGUUGUGUAAAGUACCUUGAGGAUUAUUCACUUUUGAUAAAAGCUUGGAAGAGGGGUGAGGAAUUUUUUAACAUUUCUCCUAGAAUUGACACAAUAUAAAUCGAGAUCAAUUGAUUAUUUAUAAUAAUGCCAUCUUUAGGGACAUUUUUAACCUGACUUUGUACUAUAUAAUAAAAUUUCAUACUGCCUCUUUUAAAAUUAACAUAGUAUUUUUCUAGACAUUGUAUAGUUGUUACUACUAGACCUCAAUGUGCCACCUAUGUAAAUGUAACUUUUUAAAUGUUACAGUUAUACUUUUGAUACUGAAGGCUACCGAAACUAAGAUUGAGAUUGUUAUCAUUAUUAUGUAUGAAAAAGCGACAUUGUGCAGAAAAAAAAAACGCCUGAAAGUUUAAAUAAAUAAAUAAAUAAAUAAAUGA